AUGGAGUCCUUUCGUCUCGCUCUCGCUGCGAUUGUGGUCGCGUUGGUGGCAGCGCAGUCUGACCCAGCCCAGUUUGUGAAUGCUUUGAUUGGAACUUCCGACGGCGGACAUGUCUUUGCUGGCGCGACUCUUCCUUGGGGUUCGGUCAAAGCUGGUGCCGACAGUCUUUCGGGGGACAACCAGGGCGGAUACGUGAGCGAUGGAUCGCCUAUAACAGGCAUCUCGCAGCUCCACGAUGAUGGAACUGGAGGUGGCGCGUCGUUGGGCAACUUUCCUUUGCUUCCAUACAACACAUCGCAAUGCGCCAACAACGAUUUAACAAAAUGCGUCAUUAACCAUGAUGCUCGAGCCGUAUCCCAUGGCGAUCCCACCACUUCUCCAGGGUAUUUUGGUAUUCCUCUUAACAACGGGGUGCAUGCCGAGGUCACGGUAACCCAGCACGCUGCUCUACAUAGGUUUUCCUACCCAAUCGGUACAAAUCAGCAGAUUCUUUUACUUGAGGCCACCAGAGAUCUUCCCGGAAGCUACCGCAGUCCCGGAAAUAUCACAGUCAUCUCCAACAAAUUAGGCGGAACACGAGUUACGGGUACCGGCUCGUUUGCGCCGUCCUUUGGAGAAGGUUCAUACCAGGUCCACUUCUGUAUGGACACGAAGAUACGUUUUGCCCAAGCUCAAUUCUUCCGUACCGUUGGCGGUGCCGUCACCUACACUGCUCUCCAAACAAAUCCUCGUGUCAAUUUCGCGGCCAACAUUGGCAGCAACAGUCCUGCGGGCUUGAUUUUUGACUUUUCUUCCACCGAGACGCUCAGCGUGCGUAUGGGAAUCUCGUGGACAAGCUCCGCAAAAGCCUGUGCUUUCGCUGAACAAGAGAUACCCGAUUUGUCAGCCUUUGACAAUGUCAAAAACGCGGCUCGUGCUAAAUGGAAUGAGGUGUUGAGCACCGUGCAGGUGGACAACACCGGCGUCAGCGUCGAAACCCAAGAGCUUUUUUGGUCGUCGUUAUAUCGCACUUAUAUCUCUCCGACCAACAUAACUGGCGACAACCCGCUUUGGGCUUCAAACGAGCCGUACUGGGAUAGUUUCUACUGUAUCUGGGACUCGUUCCGUGUUGUCCAUCCAUUGUAUGCUAUCACCGCGCCAACUGCUCAAGCCGAAGUCGUCCGCGCGCUGAUUGAUAUUUAUCGUCAUACUGGCUGGCUUCCUGACUGCAGGAUGUCCCUCGACAAAGGGUACACGCAAGGAGGAUCGAAUGCAGACUCUCUACUGUCAGACUCUUACACCAAGGGCAUCAAAGCCGGCAUUGAUUGGGAAACUGGCUACGAGGCGAUGGUGAAAGAUGCCACAGUCGAGGGGGACUUCACGUUGGAAGGCAGAGGAAGCAUCGCAGCACGAGAAAAGUUGGGCUUUGUUCCUGUUGGCGACACCAAUGAUCCGCCGAACGAAGGCCCGAACACACGAAGCGCGUCUCGUCUGCUUGAAUAUGCCUACAACGACUUCGGUAUUGGCCUCGUCGCCCAAGGACUCGGCAAGACUGCCGAUGCACAACACUAUUUUAACAAGUCUCGCGACUGGUUCAAUAUCUGGAAUCCAAAUGCGACACAUGAUGGUUUCAGUGGCUUCAUACAACCCCGCAGUGCUGAUGGGUCGUGGUAUUUCGACCCGCGGUAUGAUCUCAACAAUGUCUUCCGCCCAGACCAUUGUAGUCCUGUGUUUGGUCACUUCGAUUGUUUCUUGAACCCCGACGGUGGCGAAUUCUAUGAAGCGAGCUCUUGGGAGUAUUCGUGGUUUGUUCCACAAGAUAUGGCAACCUUGGUAACGGUUAUGGGUGGUCCGAAAACAGCAAGCUCCCGUUUGGAUACUUUCUUUGACGAUGGGUUCCAUGAUAUUGGCGACGAGCCCGGGUUCCUCCCCACCUAUCUUUACAACUAUGUUGGGCAGCCAGGCAAGACGGUCGAUCGUGUCGACGCUACUUUAACUAAAUACUACAACACCAAGACAUCGGGUCUGCCCGGGAAUGACGACUCUGGCGCAAUGGGAGCGUAUGUCGUCUGGAGUCAUCUCGGAUUCUUCCCUGUCGCUGGCCAAGCGACUUACCUCCUCAAUCGCCCUUACUUCCCACACAUAUCGAUCCGCAACGAGGCGACCGGGAAGACCGCGACGAUCAUUGCAGACGGUCUGAGCGCCACUAACAAGUACAUCCAAUCAGCGACACUCAACGGGAAGCCCUACACGAAAAAUUGGAUAUCGCAUGACGUCUUUACGACUGGAGCAACGCUGCACUUUAUUAUGGGCCCGAGCCCUAGCGAUACUUGGGGAACAGGGAAGGACGAUUUGCCUCCGAGUUUGAGCACGGGAGGAUUUGCAUAA